AUGGCAAAAUCUUAUCAUGUUUAUGGAAUAGGUGCUGCACUUGUUGACACAGAAAUUAAUGUAACUGAUGAUGAUCUUAAUACAAUAUCCAUUGAUUUUCAAACAGCAGGUGUUGAUUAUCAUAUUAAUAAGUGUCAAGAUGAAGGUAUUACAGGAACAUGUUUAGUUGUAAUAACUCCCGAUGCUGAACGUACUCUUUGUACAUUUCUUGGUAUUAAUGCAAUACAAUCUCACGAUGAUAUUAUAUCAGAAGUUAUUGCUGCUUCGAAUUAUGUUUAUUUCGAAGCUUAUAUGAUUAUGUCAUUACCAACAUUUAUUGCUGCUAAACAUUUAUGUGAAAUAAUUUAUCGUGAUCGUUUAUGUGAAAUACUUGAGAAACCAAUUGAUUUAUUAUUUUGUAAUCGAAAUGAAGCAUUUAGUUGGUCUCAAACAGAUCAAAUUGAUAGUGCUAUUGAGAAAUUAAAACUAAUUGCACAUACAUUUGUUAUUACUCUUGGUGCUGAAGGUUCUUUAGUCUAUAAUGGUAGAAAACUAUACAAUAUUACACCUCAUAAAGUACAUGCAGGCGAUUCUAGUACAGCAGGUGAUAUGUUUGCAGGUGCAUUUCUAUUUGGUAUAACCCAUGGACAAGAUUAUUUUACUGCAGGAAAUUUUGCUAGUGUUGCUGCAGCUACAGUUGUUUCAAAUAAUGGAUCACGUUUAUCUGCAGAAAAACAAAAACAAUUAUUAUGA